GGUGGAUUAUGGGACUAAGAUGUCUGCAAUGAGAGCGAGAGCGAGGAAAAGAGAGAGCAUGAGGCAUACAGACUGAAAGAGAGAGCCAGAAAGGGAAAAAAAGGAGAAGGAGAAGAAGAAAAUGGAGGGAACCCCUCAGCCUGAAAUGGGCCAGGAACGGGGUAGUAGAUGGUCUGUAAUCAGGGGAGAAGCAGCAGAGCCUCACAUGGUGAAGCACACACUCCCGUGUCCCACCCCCUCUCUCACUGACACAGCAGGAACAGAGUAACCAGAUGCAGAUAUGUCUCUCCUGUCUCAAGGAGGCCCUCCCAGGUGGGGCUUGUGCUCUGCUCUUUGUUUCCUCAUCGUGUUGCUUCCAGAAGCCAAAGCUGACUUCCAGAACACAACCACUCAGCGCAACGGUGGGGGAGCUCAGUGUGGGGAGUAUACUAACCAGGUGAUGGAUGAUGGGAUGUGUCGCCUAGUGGCCACGCUGCCGCAGCUGAACGAGCAGAAGUGCCCUGACAUGUUCCGUUGCUCUGACGAGGUUUCCUACUGGCUGAACGAGAACGAAGAGAGGAAGCAGCAGAUUGUGACACUGAAGGAGACCAUCUCUGAGCUGCAGGAGGAGCUGAGGAACCAUCGCCACCGCAUCAAAGUCCUCGAGCUGCAGAGUGAAGAGAGGAACCACUUGAAUAUUUCUUUGGAGCAGCGUUUUCAUGACCUGGAGAUUCACUAUGUUGAAGCAACCACCCUGCUGCAUCUACAGGGCACUUUGAUUCUAGACCUCCAGAACGAGCUCCAAAAUCUGACACUCAUGGUGGACAGAGUGAAAAGAAGCCCUGGUUGCAUGGUCAACAUCGUCCGACCCAACUCUCUGAUGAAUGCUCAAGAAGCAUCACACCCAGAGCUUCAUCAUGUUAGGAACUGUCCCAUUGACUGUGCUUCCAUCUACUACAAUGGAGUGAGGAGGUCAGGUCUUUACACAGUGGUGCCAUCACUCGCAGGCAUGCCUGUGGAGGUCUACUGUGAUAUGGACACAGAGGGGGGUGGCUGGACUGUAAUCCAGCGGCGCCUGGACGGCUCAGUGAGCUUUGACCGCAGCUGGAGGGAUUACAGGGACGGCUUUGGUGACCUGCAGUCAGAGUUCUGGUUGGGUAACGACCACAUACACGAACUGAGCACUCAGGGAGAAUACACCCUCCGCAUCGACCUGGAAGACUGGAGCAGUAAGCACAAACAUGCCCUCUACCAGAGCUUCAGUGUGGAGGAUGAAGAGCAUCAGUACCGUCUCCAUGUGACGGGAUUCAGUGGGACAGCCCAGGACUCUUUCAGCUGGUACCAUGAUAAGCAGGGCUUCAGCACGCCUGACAGUGGGAACAUCUGUGCUGAAAUCUCCCAUGGCGGCUGGUGGUACAACCAGUGCUUCUAUGCCAACCUUAAUGGCGUCUACUACAGAGGAGGCCAUUACACACCGAGAAGCCGGGGGCCGCUGGGUCCUGAUGGGAUCGUUUGGUACUCCUGGAAAGACUCGGAUUAUUACUCCCUUCGCAAAGUCAGCAUGAUGAUCCGGCCACGCAGCUUCCGAAGCCGUUUGUCACCCUGACCUCCUACAUGAACCAGACAGGAGAUAGGGACUCACAAGGGCAAUCUCACGGUGACAUUGAGGCGAUGAUGACACCCACUCCUCCUUUCAACUGCAGAGGAAGUGAAUGUCAAUUUCGUAAACAAGCGCAACAACUCCAGCUGCAAUUGUGAAUGACAUACUUGAUCUUUUUAAAACUGCUGAGUCAUAUUUCAGCUACAUAUUUUUUGGAAAAAACACUUGAUAGAUAUAUUUUUCUGUCAGUCAAGGGAAGUGAGUUCUUUAUUUUCUACUUGUAUUUUGUACGUUUAGUUUGAUACAU